AUGCAGCUCCUUGAGCACCCGAGCCACGAAUCGGCGCCAAGAGAGAAACAGGCGAUCAAAAGCCGCACUAGAACCCGCGAAAAAGGGCGCAGCCACGCCGGUCUGUCACGCUAUGCGCGUCUCGACCGCGCGACGCAUCAGUACAAAGGCGUCUUCUUUUUCGUGGAGAGUGUGUUUCCCGCUCGCGUUGUUGUCGGCUCGCGCGGCGCCUCUUUGGCCUCCAACGGCGAAGGAGACGCGAGCCCAGUCGCGGAGAGCUUCACUCGCGCGUCAUUCUCUUCUUCCUGCUGCACAUCUGCGGACUCCCGCGUCGCUUUUCUAGCGCAGAGACUCGCGAUGACUUCGUGUGCCUCAGCCAACAACGGCGCCUGCCCCCCGCAGGCGGACUGCGCGAGUGGAGGCCAGCCGGAGGCGGGGCGGCUCUUCGCUUCGCGGGAGGCGUUCCUGGAGCGGAGAAGGUACUUUGAGAGCUUGGGACUGAUCGACGCGGGCGACGACUUGUGCAGGGCGAACAAGGAAAAGACAGAAAAAUCCGACUCGGAAGACGACGCGGAGACGGCGCGAGAGGCCGGCGCCAGGGCGGAGCGAAGAACACGACACGUCGCGAAGCGCCGCGACGUCGACGGCGCCCAAGACGACGGCGAGGCGUCGCUCCUCGCUCCCUGUCUCUGCCUCUUUUGCUCCUUCGCGUCCGCGGACCUGCGGUGUAUGCACAGCCACCUGGAAGAACUCCACGGGUUGAAUUUCUUCGAGCCGCACGGCCGCUGGCAUCCGCGGCGUCUCUUGGCGGGCGCAGACGCAGGCGCGGCCUCUGCCUCGUCCUCGCCCUCCUCCGCCUCUUCCUCGGGGAGCCGCGAGGAUGCGCCUGCAGCCGCGGCCUUCGCGGAGCUCCCGCCGCUGACGUCUUACUACCGAAUCGCGCUGAUCAACUUUCUGCGCAAUCUCGCGCCCGCGGCGCCGCAGGAGCGGCUGCAGGCCUGGCGCGCUGGCAGCGUGGAGACGCAGCCGACUGAGUUCGAGGCUGUGACGCGCGCGUUUGCGGCGCUGAAUCGCGACGCGGCCUGCUGGCGCGAUGAGAAGUUCCUGCAGCCCGCAUGGGCGGAGGACAGGCUUCUCUGGGAAGAAGUCUGCUCUGACUCAGAAGAAGAUGAAGAAGAGGAAGGUGAGGAAGAAGAGGAAGGUGAGGAAGAAGAGGAAGCGGAGACGCGCGGCUGGGGGGUGAAAUGCGGUCGCGCGGGGCAGGAGGGGGGGAGCGACGACGAGAUUCGGGGCGCCUCGGUCACGCAGGAGGAUAGGAAUUACUUUGCAGGCUACGCCGAGCUGCCGAUCCACCGCGAGAUGAUAUGCGACACCGCGCGAACGGAGGCUUACCGCGAUUUCAUCCUGCAAAAUCGAGACCUAUUCGAGGGCAAAGUCGUGUUGGAUGCGGGCUGCGGAACGAGCAUCUUGAGUCUCUUUUGCGCACAGGCGGGCGCGCGAAAAGUGAUUGGCGUCGACGGAGCGACAGGCGUGGCGCGCGUCGCAGAGAAGAUUGUGAAGAUGAAUCACUUCACGCACGUCGUUCAGAUCGUGACCGGAAAGAUGGAGGACUUCGUGCUCGUGUGGGCGGACGAAGCGCGUCACACCGUGAAAGCGAUCCCGCGAGAGACAUUCUCGCCGUCGUCAUGGGAGAAAGUCAGAGUCGAUAUCAUCGUCUCUGAGUGGAUGGGCUACUGCUUGCUGUUCGAGUCGAUGCUGUACACCGUCUUACACGCUCGAGACGAGUAUCUCAAGCCCGACGGCCUACUCGUCCCCAGCCGCGCCGUCAUGGGGGCGUUCGCUGCGGACUGUCUGCCUGAGAUCGAGGCGCAGCUGGGCAAGAGGUUCGCGGAGCCGGUCUACGGGCUGGACUUCUCGCUGCUCUGCCUGCCCGACGCCGCAGCGCUGCGCAGCGCGGACGUGGCGCUUAUAAAGCCUCAUCGCCUCCUCUCGAGCCCGACGCCCUUCUGCCUCCUCAACCUCUACGCAGUCAGCGCGGCGGACGUUCAGACGCUGCGCGCGCCCUUCUCGAUCGAUUUGACGCAGCGCCCGGUACAUCUCGCGGCGUUACCCGCGACGACCUCUUCGGUCUGCACGACGAUGGUGAUCUACUUUGACUGUUUCUUCGAGAGACUGCGUGAGGGCGAGCUGCCCGGCGAGGCCGCGCCGGUUGUCUUCUUCGCCGCAGGCUCGCCAGUUGCAGCGUCGUGGUACGCGAGCGGAGACGCGAAACCCGUUGCGGAGGCGACCGCGGGCGGCCUCUGCCUCUCGACUUCUCCGCUGCGACAGGACACGCACUGGAAGCAAACGAUGCUUCACUUGAGAGGCCACGACGGGCAAGGUAUGGAAGUCCUGCCACAGUGGGUUGCCACGGAGAUUGCGCAGAGGGGAGAGGAGACAAGCAGCGAGGCCGAGACUUCCGCGCGAGUCGCGGCGAGCCGCGCGCCGCUCUCCAAGCUCGAGGGCUACAUCAGCAUGAAUCCAGAUCCCCAGCGCAGUCGCAGUCUCGCGGUCACUGUGGAGAUGCGGCAGCUGCCCUACAGAGACGAAAGCGGCGAAGUGGCGAUCGCCCCUUGUGUGAUCAAUACGUUUUCAGUCGCGUAG